AUGGCUACACUUGCCAUGCCGCAGGAGCCUGCGCCUGUGAAUCACUCUCUUUUGGAUGCAAACGAUGCGUCAACCUUUGUGGACGAUGAGCCGGUGCUGGACUUUUUCGUUCUUAAGCAGGAAGUUAACCUCGAGAUCAACUUUCGCGACAAGCGCAUCGACGGAACGACCAAUAUUUUCAUAGCAACGUUUAACGACAAGAUAGAAGAUAUCUCCUUGGACGCUGCAGACUGCGAUAUUGAUACCGACAACAUUUACGUCUCUGAACUUAAGGAAAACAACGGCGACAUUGUCGAGACUCUGAAACGGAAAACAGAUGCGACCUACAACGACCCUUAUGGCAAACUCUCUUAUCCGGCAAGCUGGAGUUUGAGAGCCGACCAUCACGACAUUCGCCGCAAACGAGCCCAGUCAAUAUUUCGAAGCCGUAAGACCGAUGUCCCCGCCGAGAAUAGAGCAUUCGAGGGGUGCACACCAGUCUAUAGAUCGCUCAAGGUGAAUCUGCGCCGCAAGGCAGAGGAUCGCCCAAGGCUGAUUAUAAGGAAAUCCAUGUCAGGUCUUGAUGGGGCCGAAAAAAACAACAGGCAAUACAAAAUCACUAUCCCUUUUACCAACAAGAACCCACGCGAUGGAGUACAGUUCGUUGGUGUCGACCCCCUGGACAGCCGAUUCACACAUAUGUACACCCGAAGUUCAAUACACCCGGGAACGGCAUCAUGUAUCUUCCCAUGUGUGGACGACCAUGGAUCACGCUGCGACUGGAGGAUCUCAAUCAAGUACCCCCGAACGUUGGGCGACGCUUUACAACAAGCUCUUGCUACGCAACAGAAUGGCAAUAACCCAGACAAAAUGCAAAUCGACGGCCAGGAGCGCAUACACAACCUUGCCGAGGAAGACAAACUACGGGAGAUGUCGGUAGUGUGUUCAGGAUUUCUGAUGGAGGAGAUUGUAGAUCCCGAUGACGACCACAAAAAGAUCAUGACCUUUGAGCCAGAAAAGAAGGUAUCCGUUCAGAAGCUUGGCUUUGCUGUUGGGCCUUUUGAGCACAUUGAUCUCUCAUCCGAGUUCCGAACGGAGGAGGACGAAGUGAAACUCGGCAUGAACGCACUGAAAGUACACGCAUACUGCUUACCAGGUCGCGCCGAUUGGGUUCGCAAUACUGCAGCAGCAACCACCAUGGGAGCCGACUUUUUUACCUACACAUUUGCUCGAUAUCCAUUCGGCAACUUCAAGCUUUGUUUUCUUGAUGACAUGAUCGAGGACACUGUGUCCCUAUACUCCAUGGCUUUCAUCAGCAAUCGUUUGCUAUUUCCAGAAGAUAUCAUUGACACUGAGAUUGAUGUUACGAGAAAGAUUGUGCAAACUCUGGCUUACCAAUGGAUUGGAAUCAACAUGAUUCCCAACACUCGAAAUGAUCUUUGGCUGAUCGUUGGUAUCGCGCACUUCAUGACCGAUCUUUUCAUGAAGAAACUUUGCGGAAACAACGAGUACAGAUUCCGGAUGAAGUCAUUAUCUGACAAGCUUGUUCAAGUGGACGUCGACCGACCUUCUCUUUACGAUCUUGGCGCUUAUCUCCACCUGGGAGAGUUUGAGAUGGAUUUCAUGACUCUCAAGGCACCAGUGAUCUUUUUCAUCCUUGAUAAGCGGCUCAUCAAGGCUUCCGGAGGACACGGCCUGACCCGUAUCCUCUCCAAGAUGCUUACGAAGGUUCAGAUCGAGGCCUCCGACAAAGCCACUAUUAUGGAAACAGAAAAGUUCCGGGCAACCUGUGAGAAAGGAGCCAAGUACAGACUUGAAAGCUUCUGGAGCCAGUGGGUUUAUGGCUCAGGCUGCCCACGAUUUGAUGUGAAAGCAAAAUUCAACAAGAAACGACUAUGUGUGGAGCUCACGUUGAAUCAGAUUCAAUAUCAGACGGCCAAGAGGCCCCCCUUGGAAAGAGAUGAUUUCCUUCGUGUCGUGAAGGAACGCCGGUCUGGUGUCACAGCCGGAGAGGUGCAGCCACUGUUCACUGGGCCCAUGACGGUUCGUAUACACGAGGCAGACGGAACUCCUUACGAGCAUAUCUUGGAGAUUCGCGAGGACGCCACGAGAUCCACCAAGUUUGAAAUCCCUUACAAUACGAAGUAUAAGCGAUUGAAGCGAACUCGCCGUAUGAAGGAAAAGCAGAAUGUUGGUGCCAGCAUGGAUGCAGAGAACCUGGACGAUGCUCUACUCUACUGUUUGGGCGACGUCCUCCAAACACCCGAUGAACAGGCUCAAUGGGAGUUGAUUGAUUGGGAUCCCGAAACAGAACGAAAGAUGGAUCAGGAGUCCUACGAAUGGAUUCGCGUAGAUGCAGACUUUGAGUGGUCGUGUGAUAUGAAGCGGACCCUCGAGCCAUACAUGUACGUGUCUCAGCUACAGCAGGAUAGAGACGUCGUUGCUCAGCAGGAUGCUAUGCUGUAUCUUACUCAAGGUCCGCUCCAUCCCAUCGCAUCAGGAUUCCUUACCAGGACGCUUGUUGACCGCCGCUACUUUCAUGGCAUUCGAACUAUGGCUGCUGAAGCUCUGCCACGGCAGGCUAAUAUCAAAGAUCUAUCAAUGCUUGGUCUUCGACAACUGAUGAAGGCUUUCAGCGAAAUGUUUUGUCAUAAGGGGACGAACCAGCCAAAACCCAAUGACUUUUCAGACAAAAAGCAGUACAAUGUUCAGUGCGCCAUCAUCAAGGCCAUCGCGCAGGUCAGGGAUGCGCAUACCUACAAAUGUCCGCUUGAAGCGCGUCAGUUUAUUCUUGACCAACUUCUUUUCAACAACAACGAAGAUAACCCCUACUCCGACCAUUUCUACAUUGCCACUCUUGUCGAGGCACUUGCUACUUCUCUCAUCCCUUCCAAACAAGACGACUGGUUUGCGAUGCAGAACAAGAUCCCCAAUGAAGAGGAGAAGCAGUUCCUUGAAAGGGCUAUUGAGCAGAUUGAGAGAGUCCUACGGCGAGACGAGUGGACGCACUCGUAUCAAAAUGUCUGGACCAUUGCUGGCCUGAGUGCCAAGCAGCGGUUGAUGAAAGCAGAAGUGAUUCCAAAGAAGUACAGCGACUUUGGGCAGUAUCUUCUGGAUGGAACUAGAGAUCUCAUCCGUAUCAAGGCAUUUGAGGCCUUGAUUGACCUGGGCGCUAUGUUGGAUCCGACAGUGUUCUCGUUUCUGACGUACUCCCUCAUUACCGACCGGUCACCAUACGUGCGGAACAAACUCAUCGAGGCCGCUGCUUCUGGACUUGCAGCUAUCGCUUUUGGAGAGCACUCAAAGGCUGCUAAGAACGAGCCUCCUCCAGAAGAUGAAGAAGGAGAUCUCCUGCUCGUGCAAGACAGUGCACAAGAGAUCGAAGCACGAAAGGAGAUGUUUGCGAGAAAGGAGAACCUAGACGCAGCACUCAAAGCUUUGCGGAGAGAAAUGGAUAAAACAUACGGAAGCGAUGAGCGGCAUUACAGUAUUGCGAUGCGAAAGGCUCUGGACCACCCAAAUCUUGGGCGAGGCGAGAUGGAAAGCAUGUUGGAUUUAGCGGCCAUGAUGUUCGAGGAAGCUGGCGACUGGGUCAUCACAAUUCCUUUACCAAAGGGUUGGUCAGUGGAGAGAGACAGGCUACCGUCACAGCUCCCUAAUCGCUUGAUGAUGAGAUUCAAGUCUUACUACAGGACGAAACCCAAGGCCCCUGCUAUUCAAGCCCCGCCCCCUCCACCUCCAGCUGCUCCCUCCCUUCCUUCUGUGCCUACUCUUCCUACCCCCUCCGCAGAGCCCAAGCGACCUGCGCCUCUGCACAAGACCUCCUCUAUCAAGAUCAAUACCCACAAGGCAGCUAUUCCUCAGCGCCCGAGUGUACCCCCUCAACGUCCGAGUGCUCCCCCCCAGCGCCCAAGUGUGCCGCCUCCUCAACGUCCAAGCGCUCCGCCUCAGCGUCCAAGUGCUCCUCCUCCAUCGAUUUCAAGCCCAAAGCCAAGCCAGCCCAAGGGAGAAAGGGACACAAUUGUUGCGUCACCGGUCCUCUCCCGGCAACCAAGUGUCUCGUCUUCGUCAGGCUCGAAGCCCUCUUGGCCCCCUGAGCCAUCCUCUGCCUCCAACAUCAAGCGACCACGUCCAGACAAAGACGAACAUCACACCCCAGCACCAAAACGCCCCAAGGUCGAAAAGCCCUUUGGGACUGACUCAGGUGUUCCUAAAAAGACGAGGCGGAUGGUUACUUUACGGGUCCGACCGAGCCGGCUUUCUUCCAUCCUUAAGAAGCCAAGCAAAUCCGGUAUGAAUGGCAGAGCCCCUCUGCCAUCGGGCUCGUCUCGAGAUGGCCUUCCCUCUUCAAGCUCGAAAUCAGAUUCAAUUACGGCCAAGCCCGCAAGAAAACCCCUCCCAUCCGGGGAUGUUGUACGAAGGCCUUUGCCCGGGGGAUCCGCGCCUUCACCGCAACCUCCACCAGAGAGAAAGUCGUCACAUGGCAUUGCCGCGCCGGAGAGGAAGAUUUCUCUCAAUACCCAUUCGAACUCAACACCCAAGCCUAAGUCUGCAAGCCCUGCAACGAGUACGCCACCUCCGGGAGAGCCGCCUGUGCAACGGCGUAAGAUCAAGAUUAUUCGAAAAUCAAACCCAGCGCCGGCAGCUCCCUAG